UUUAUGACCGAUGAUUCACUCUUUCUUAGCCAUGAUUACUAACAUGCUUAAUCUUUUAAAGCCAAGUCCCACACCUCACCAAACCCCCUCUCUCUCUCCCUCUUUCUAUCUCUCUCUCUCCGACAACGCACUUUGAUGAUGGGAAGUGAGGGAGAGGCGCGACCGGGAAAGGCGACAGGGAGCUGCGGCUGACAGAGCAUGCAGCAGGGCGCCGCUGCUUUGUCUUUGCAUACCCUUCUCGCCUCCUUUCUUGUCUCUUCCUGCAAUCAUCAACUAUAUGGCGCAGAUGAGCAUUCUUGUCUAAGCAAAAUCUCAUCUUGCUUAAACCUCGCGUCCUCGUUCCUUUGCUCUCUCCCCUACCCUCGCCCUUAUCGGUGAAAUAAAACCCCUUAUCUUCAUCUCUCUGUCGGUUCUAGUUUGGAUUAGGUAUUUAGCUUAGCUUUCAAGCUAAAGUUGCCGUUCCCGAGAAAUGGCAGCUUGUGUAUGAGUUGGGAACGGCGGAUUCGUUUUCUUUGUUUUAAUUUUUGUGGAACUUGAGCUGUUUUCCGGCGAAGUCGUUGAGUAGUCGAGACAAAGAUCUGAUACAUUGCCCUUUCUUUUGUUUCUCCUUUUUUUUUGGUGCGGCGGAAUGGGGUGCACGUACUCGAGGGUGGAGGUGGACGAAGUGGUGUGGCGAUGCAAGGAGCGGCGGAGGUUGAUGAAGCGACUUCUCACCUGCCGGGCGGAGCUUGCCGCCGCUCACAUGGCGUACCUCCAGUCCUUGAGGAACACCGGCGCGACUCUUCGGCAGUUUACCGAGACUGAGACGAUGGUCCCUAAUGAUACUCCCCCUACCGACCUCACAUUGCCCCCCUCACCUCCCCCGCCGCCGCCUCUGCCACCUUCGCCGCCGCCGCCGCCGCCGAGUUAUAGUCCCGUCGCGGCGAAGGAGGCUGUGGAGGAGAAAGCUUCCGUCGAGGACGACUCGAGCGAUUCAGAAGACGACGACCAGAGCUGCUCGACGCCUCCGCCUACCGUCCCCGGCUCGGUCUGGGAGUUCUGGGAUCCGUUCAGCCCGCCUGCUUCCUCGAGCUUCUCCUCCCCACUGCCUCAGAAGGACUCAGGAACUCUCAUUCAGGCUGCCGCCGAAGAAGAGAACUGGGAGGAGACCAAGUCGGAGUUCCUGGAGGAGGAAGAAGAGACGGAGGAAGAAGAGAAACUGAUCCCCGAAGAGGAAACCUAUGCUGUGACAUUGAAUGCGGUGAAUGACAAUUGCACAUUGAAGGAGUUGGCCGACGACAAUUCGUCAGUGGUGAGUUGGCUAACCAAAGACACAGACAUGGGAAUGGUCGUAUGGAGGAGCAAGAAGACAUUGGCCGGGAUCAUCAAAGAGGUGGAUGAGUAUUUCCUGAAAGCUGCUGCCGGAGGGAAGGAUGUUGCAGUUGUUCUAGAAUCAAAUCGCAGCUGUUCUCAUCCCUGGGAUACAGAAAGGAGGAAAGGAAAGAAUUCAAAGUCUGCCAAGGUUGUAAAUGCAUUGUCUUGGAGUUGGUCCUUCCGAUCUUCUCAUUCUCACCGAGAUGCUCACGGUGCGAGUAAUGCUUCUAGUCCCGGUAAGCAUUGCACGACACUCGAAAGACUUUUUGCCGAGGAGCAGAAGCUCUAUAAGCAAGUGAAGGAUGGGGAGAUUGCCAAGUCCCAGCAUAAGAGGACAAUCUUACUACUGCACAAACUCGAAGCUGGAGACUAUGAUUCUGUGAAAACUGAGAAAACUCGCUUAGACAUUGAGGAGUUGCAAUGCCGGAUGAUCUGUUUAAAGGAGUCAAUAAACGGAACAUGUUUAACCAUAUCAAAGCUUAGGGAUGAAGAGCUCUUCCCUCAGUUAAUUGAAUUCACAGUCGGGCUGGUGAAGAUGUGGAGAACAAUGUAUGAAUGCCAUCAAGUGCAAAACCAUGUCUCUCAACAAACCAACCUUCUACAAAACCAUCUCGGCAGCGAUCCAACAACUGAUUCACUUCGUCAUGCUAUAUCUCAGCUCGAAUCAGAGGUGAGAUCGUGGUAUGGUACCUUCUGCAAUCUCUUCUGUUGUCAGCGCGCGUAUCUGCACAUUCUCAACCAGUGGGUUAGGCUUACUGAGGGCCUUCCUGAAAGUGAUCAACUAAUGGAUUCAACUACCGGGAUCGGUGGAUAUUGUGAAGAGCUGCAAAGAGUUCUCGAUAGGCUACCUGACAAGGUAGCAGCCGAGGCAAUUAAGUGCUUUCUAUUAGUCAUUCGCUCUAUCAUUCUUCAACACUCUGAAGAGCACAACUUGCGAAAGCAGUCUGACCGACUUCAGAGCAGAUUGGAUAGAGAAUUAAGCUCUCUUCGCUCACAGGAGAAGCACAAUGAUGAACAUAUAAUCCAACAGACGGUCCAAGGCCCUCAGGUGAAUCACCAACUAGCAUCGUCAACUAAGUACCCAAAACUCGAUGCUUUGAAGAAGAGGUUGGAGGAUGAAAAGGCACGGUACUUGGAAUCCGUUCGGAAGAGCCGGGCCAUGACACUGAACAAUCUGCAGACCAGCCUCCCCAAUGUGUUCCAGGCUCUGGUAGGGUUUUCGAGCGUGUGUGUGCAGGCUCUAGAGGGCAUUACCGGCUCAAUGGAAGCUAUAGGAUUUUCUGAGAAUGGUUCACCUUUGCAUCCAUGAAGCUAUUGCCGACAUGUCAGGCACUGCAAGCAUAACUUCUCGUUUUGAGCUCAUUACAGAUAGGUGCUUCAUAGAAAGGUCUUGUUUGCACUGUUAGAUAUGCCUAGUAAAGUUGCUAAACCAUGUUAUUCAUAUGCACACAAAAUUUCAGUUCUUAUUUACUUCCUAGGGUUCUACUGUGUCUACUUGGAGGGUAUGCUUUGGAAAAUAAUGAAGGGUGUGUUUUGA